GUAAUGUUUGGUCAAGACAUCCGACAUUUUGGAAUUUAAAAUGCCCGGUGGAUUUCUAGAGCAAUAAUUGUGCAAUGGGAUUGGCGGGACUUUUAGUUCCGUUGGACUAAGUGAUACAGAAAAGGAUUCUCUACUUUUUUUUCCAAACUCACCCACUUGAAUUUCCACUUAAACCCUCUUUGGACGAAAAGGUGGUUGUGGACUCUAGUCGAGUACCUGGGAUUCCAAACCUCAAGACUUUUCAACUAUGGAUUAAGUGAUCGCUUGCACUCUUCAUGGCUUCUGUAACUCUAUGCUUGGGAGUUCAAAAUGGUGGUUAGAAUGAGACAGCAUGUUAGGAUUGACUGGUGGACUCAAACCUCUUGUUCUCUUUAGAGUUGUACUGACACCCCACCAAGAAUUCUGAAAGGUAAGUGGGGGCAGGGGAAGAUUUAAAUGGUGUUAAUAGAAGAGGAGCAAAGGAAAGAAUUAAAGGUUAAAGAGAAUGGAGUGGCUGGAGGACUUCACCAGACCAACAGAGUUUCUGCGGACAACAACGCGGCCGUGUGCAUCAACACGACUGAUGAAGCUGGAAACCAGGGCGAGAUCUCUGAACAUGAGGAGACGGAAGUCGAUUACACGCGAAACUAUUGGGAAGAUGAGGACGAUAUCUACCAGGAGUUUGAGGAACUGGACUUUGAGGCCUUGCCGGAUCGCUCAGAUGCGCAGAGCAUCACGUCCGACGAUUCCUUUUACCCGCCAGACAAUUCGUAUCUUUCUCACAUGUACCGCCCGCCGACUCCUGACAGUCCAGAGCCAAUCUCCUUUUUCAAAGCCUGCUGCAAUAACAAUCCAAUCAUAGUCAAAAUUAUGAUCAGGCAAGGGGUGACCGAAGAGGAUGUGAAGGAGACAGACAGAAACAGAAGAGUAGGUGUCUGGGUUUAGUACUUUUUUAAAUUUAUUUUCUUGAAACCUCAAAGUCUCUGUGUGUUUGCAAAGUGUUUGUCAGCCAUACGUGGUAAGCCUUUAAAUAGAAUAGAGCCUGUGUAUUUUUGGGACAUUAAAGAUACUUCACCUUUGAUCUACAAGGUUUCCUCAGUACGAUCCAACAGAUACUGUAGGAGCCUCCAUUUAAUCUCAACAACCCAAAUGACCUACA